AGUUUGUUAAUUGAUGGAUCGUUGGAGCGGAAUUUUGAAGGUCCCAUUGUACCCUAAUAGCAGGGCUCACUAUAAAGUUGCAGCUUCUCUAUGCCUCUCAUUAUCUUCCAAAACUCUAAUUGAACCUUCUGCAAAUGCCAUCUUCUUCAAUGGAGAUCGAGUUGGAUUUACUGGCAAUCCAGUGAUUGAGAGGCUAUCAGAUCUACAGAAAAUUGCUGAAAUUAUGGUUUCGAAAAUUGGUGGUUCUAUUAAUGUGUGGGUUAUUGAGUCUUCUACUUUCAAUGGGCCUUUUGCUGUUUACAAGGAUUUUAUCCCAUCUGUAAAUGAGAGCGGAGAACCAAAAUCUUACAAACCAACUGGAUUCCCAGCUUCUACGUCCACUGUCUCACUCUUAUCAAAUUGCCUUAAACAGGCAAAACAUGUCAUUUCAGGGGGACGGAAAGAACCAAAUCGAUCUGAAGUUUCUGCAUCAUCGAAGUGUACUCCCAACACGUUAAUCCUUGGAUUUAGCAAGGGUGGUACUGUCCUUAACCAGUUAUUAACUGAGCUUGGCUUCUCAGAAGUCAAAUCCACAAAAAAUCCAGCCCAUUUUGAUAAACGGCUAAUGAAUGGAGGAGUGACUAACGUCCAUGAAGAGGAUCACAUUGUACCAUGUUCAAAAGAAAACCUCUUAAACAGCAUAACUGAAAUCCAUUACGUGGAUGUUGGCUUAAAUUCCGCCGGUGCAUAUCUCAAUGACCAUGAUGUGAUAGAGAAAAUCACCAAGCGCCUUAUUCAAGGAGCCUCUGGAAUUCUUUUUGUCCUUCAUGGAACCCCCAGACAGUGGUGUGAUAGCAGGCGAGUUUGGAUUCGGAAGGAAAAGGACAAAAUGGUUCAGCUGCUUGGUACAGAAGCUGAAAAGAGUGGAGGGAAAUUGGAAGUUUGUGAAAGAUUUUACUUUGCUGAUAGGCCUCCUAGUCUGCAGAUGCAUUUUGAGAUCAUUGAAAAUUUGGCUGUGAACUAGAGUUUUGCUUAACUUGAUAGAAAUGCAUAUUUUGUAGCACUCACAACCAUAUGGUAGUGCUUAAAGGGCAUUUUAAAGGAUCAUGUUGUAUAUAAUGCAUGUGCAUGCACCGAG